GUUGCCUUUCAACUUUCUACGGUCAGCUCUCGUGCAAGGGCUUAAGCAAAAUACGAGUUUCUUGAACUUGAGGGAAGUCAAAGCCAGGAUGAGAACAGGGCCACUGGGGGCAAAAAAGGAAACAGGAUAGGCGGUGCGUUUUAAGAUCAAACGCAAAGGUCCAAAUCCAUGUCUGCAAAUUGGUAGAACAGUCCAGUGGAGAGAGGGAGAGAGAUGGGGGUGACAAAGGAGCAGGUUGAAUCUAAGCUGACAUCAGAAAUGAAGCCUUCUCAUCUUGAAGUAAUUGAUACAUCAGGAGGGUGUGGAGCAAGCUUUGUAAUUGAGAUCGUGUCGGAACAAUUUGAAGGGAAGAGGUUGUUGGAGAGGCAUCGGUUCGUGAAUGAUGUACUCAAAGAGGAGAUGAAAGAGAUCCAUGCUCUCUCCAUUAAGAAAGCGCUGACCCCUGGGCAGUGGAAACAGCAACAAGAGCCUGAAAAAUCUCAUCCUGCUGCAUGAAACAUACUUUUAAUGUUUCAUAACAUUGAGCCAAUAGAUAUAUUCUAUAGUUUGGCAUGCAAACAGUAUGGGAAAUGGCUCAGCAAUUAACAACUUUGAAAAAUAGGCUCUACUUAUUGACAAUAUAAUUUUACCUUUUCUGUAAUUGGAUGUUUAAAAUAAAAAAUUGAUACCCGGUGAUUGUGGGUAUUUUAUA